AUGACGGACCAACUGGGGUCCAUGUACACCCGAGAAGCGAAGCGCAAGGACGUCGAAGAUCGAAUCACAUGUUCUGGGAGCCACCGACAAGCCUUCACCACCGCGCUUGACGCUAUCGAAGCAGAGCUUGACUCGGACCACGACGACACUUCAAGCGAUGGCGACUCCGAUUCUGAGGGAAGUGAAGGGGAUUGGACCAAGGUGCUGUCGACCGCGACGUUCGGGCGCCGAAUCCUGCUGCCGAGUUAUCAGCGAAUCAACGUAGACGAAAUUAUGGGCAUCAACCAGCUUUACGGCCGCGAAAAGGACUUCCUGGAAGAGGCGCAUCGCACCGCAAUUUCGCGGAUCCUCAUGAGCGACGAUGGCGUGAGCUCAGAGGCAGAGGCCGACCAAGGCGAGCCUCAGGCCAGGGAGCAUGCCAUACUGGAGGAGUUCCGGGCCACGUAUGGCAGAGUGCGCGAAUCGACUGACCGUGUGACGGCGAAAGACUCUAGGUUGCCGUGUGCCACACAACUGGGAUCAAGCCUGUCGAUGAGCGUGGCCGAGAAUGUGCUCUUGCAGGACUUUUGGCGUAUCUGCCAGAUGCCGAACGAUGCAGAACUCACAAUGCUGAGCGUCGCUUGUGAGCUGCCUGAACAUAUGGUAGAGGAUUGGUUCUGCGAAAAGUCGUCCAGAAAAGGCAGCUACUUCUACAAGCUCACAAAGGCGGACGCCAUGGACAAAGCCCUGGCCGCGGAGACGGACCGAAAGCGGAAGUUGACUGAGGAUGACGACGAAGACGAAGGCGAAGAUACUGAGUAA